AUGGCAAUUCUCAUGCCUUGCCUCCCAGAGGGAACCCUUCCUUCUGAGUCAAUUAUCAUGCAAGUAUUUGAGAUUUUGGGAUGUGCGCUUACAGAUAUGGCUAAAGAGGGGCUGGUAAGUGAAGCUCUUGUGGACUCAUUCAAUCUACCCAUUUUUAUCCCAACUGGCAAUGAAGUAAAAGGAGUGCUCUCAAAUAUCGAGCAUCUUACGAUUGAGAAGUCAGAGGAAAUAAACUACCCACCAAACCUUAGCAAUCUUGAAGAUGUUCGAUUGUGCAUUGGUCAUGUAAGAGCGGUAAUGGAAGGCAUCUUAUGCGAAAACUUUGGAGCUGAGCUCCUUGACCAACUUUUUGAGAGUACUUCUCCAAAGUUAGUUCUGUGUAUAGCAGACUUGGGUUGUUCUACAGGAACCAAUACCUUCAUCGCUGUGCAAAACAUAAUAGAGGCCCUUGAACUCCUAUACAGAUCAAGAUCAAGAGGACUUGACACUGAUCAGAUUCCAGAAUUUCAAGUGUUCUUCAAUGACCAUUCUUCCAAUGAUUUCAACACUCUCUUCAAGUCCCUUCCUCCCAACAGACAAUACUUUGCAGCUGGGGUGCCGGGUUCUUUCCAUGCCCGCUUGUUUCCAAACUCAUCUCUUCCUUUCAUUCACUCCUCUUAUGCGCUACACUGGCUGUCCAGGGUCCCCAUAGAGGUCAUGGAUGAGAGUUCUCCUGCAUGGAAUAAAGGCAGGAUUCACUACACUAAUGCGCCAAAGCAAGUUGGGGAGGCCUAUGCAACUCGGUUUGCCAAGGACGUGGAGUUCUUUCUUAGUGCUAGAGCACAAGAGCUUGUGGCUGGAGGGCUGUUGGCACUCUUCCUACCUGCCGUCCCCGAUGUCUUGAGCAAUUCUGACACUGUUAUUGGCACAGAACUAGACCUUCUAGGAUCUUGCUUAAUGGACAUGGCCAAAGAAGGAUUAGUGAGUGAAGCAAAGGUGGAUUCUUUCAAUUUGCCCCUUUACUACACUUCCCAUAAGGAAUUGAAGGAAUUGAUUGGAAGAAAUGAGCAUUUCACCAUUGAGAGGAUGGAAAAUCUGAAUAACCCGAAGAAGCAUGUUAUCUUGCCGAAGCCCUCAAUGCGUGCUUAAUACAUGAGAGCCAAAUUGGAAGGAGAAUUUGUGAAGAAGUUUGGAAAUGAGAUCAUGGAUGAGUUGUUUAAUCGCUACUCUGAGAAAGUUGCAGGCUCCUCCUUUUUCUUAUAUCCCGAGACCUACAAAUACAUUACAUUGUUUGUACUUCUAAAACGCAAGGAUUAAACUUUAGUUUCAUCAAACCAAAUAAUAAUGGGAUUCCAAUUCCUUCAGCUCUUAGUGUAAUCAAGGUCAAUGAUCUAUUUUCUUUAUAUAAUCUAGAGGGAAAUAAUGUGACUACAGACUCUUUUCUUUUACAUUUUUGUUUCAUGUAUGGUUCAAUCUAGUUUUAGAACAAUCAAGAACAAUGAUUCCCCGAG